CAGGGUUCACACACGCGACGCGUUCAACGCCCCAUUUGUCGCUUUAAAACAAACACUUUUGCUCCAAACUAACUACAUUUCUCAAACAUGGCAGAAAGUGACUGGGAUACGGUGACUGUUUUGAGGAAGAAAGGUUCGGCUGCGCAGUCAAAGUCUAAACAGGCUGUAAUCGCUGCUCAGAGGAAGGGACAUGACGUGGAGACAUCAAAGAAAUGGGCUGCUGGGCAAAAUAAACAACACCUUGUAACCAAGAACACAGCCAAGCUGGACAGAGAGACAGAGGAGCUGAGCCACCAGAGAGUGUCGGUUGAAGUGGGUAAGGUUAUUCAGCAGGGCCGGCAAAAUAAGGGCCUCACCCAGAAGGAUCUGGCAACUAAAAUUAAUGAGAAGCCACAAAUCAUAGCAGAGUAUGAAGCUGGGAAAGCCAUCCCCAAUAACCAAGUAAUGGGAAAGAUUGAGCGAGCAAUUGGCCUCAAGUUGCGAGGAAAGGAAAUUGGGCUGCCGCUUGAUGCUGUUCCUGUUCCUAAAAAGAAAUGAGUAAAAAAUCCUCGAAAACUCCACCAUUUGCUGAAACCUCCUGAUAUCUACAGAAUAUUUACAGUCUUUAUUAACUGAUGCAUUUUAUUUGUAAUGGUGGAGCAGGCACACUCAUGUUGCCAUAUGCACGAGAGGCUUAAUAUCUAACGUUUUAUGUCAGUUGAAGACUCAUUGAUUUUUUUUUUUUUUAAAUGCUCGCUACUCUGAAAUAAAAAUUGAUUUCUA